AUGGACUCGGAGCUUUGGAAACGUCCAAAUUUCACCCGUGCGACUGUGGACAUCGGUGUCGAUGAAGCCACGGCGGCAGGAUUGUGGAAUGCUAUCGUGCUCAGCAGCAAGAAAGAUGCCACAGAAGAUGACUUGAAAUCGGAGUCUGCGGAAUACAGCCUGCGGAAAUCUUCAAGAUUGGCCGAUGCAAGUUUGACGUUUCAGGAGAAGGCAGCCGGUGCCUGGAAAGAGAUGCUAAGUAAGUCGGCCGAGGAUGCUGAUGGUGCUCGGAGCUGGUUGGAGGAGUGCCCUUUGGGGAGCAAGCAUACUCAAAAGGAAUGCUUGGCAAAUGCAAUCGCUGCUGUGGCCAAGCGACUGCUCAUCGAGCGGACGCAUCUGCAAGUUGUGCAAGUGUGUCUGGAGUCCUCGGCAGCGAUGAAGAGUGCGGAGACAGAGAAAUCCCUCGACGUGUUGCUGGACAGUGUCAAGGAGCAAUGCACCCUCAUGAGCCAGCUUGCGACCUCCACAAAAACUGUUACCAACGAGCUCAUGCAAUUGCUGAAGAAGCGGAAAGCUGCGCAGCAGAAGGCAGAGGAUAAGAAGAAGACGGAGGCAAUGAAAGCCGAGGAGCAACAGGGCGAGAUGGAAAAGCUUCGUCUUCAAAAGAAGAAGAAGAUGAACCCCUUCUUUCUCGACUUUAAGACUUUGGUGGCAGAGGCCCAGGCUACAGUCUUCACGGACCCCGCCAAAAUUUCGGAUGACAAUUACAGCAGACCCUUCAUCCUCGCCGGGUCGAAGCUCAUCUCUGUGCUGAUGUCUGCGUCUGAUGAAAGCAGCCUUAUGCUCCCGACUAUGGGGCGUUGGAAAACUUCUUUCCCAGCGGCCAAGCAAUUCCAGAGCCAUGGUGCAGUCAUUGCACCAGUGAUGAAAUCGAGAUCCGAAGAUCCUGCUCUGCUGCAGCUGAUUUCCAAGCUGCUGCCGGACAGCAUCAACAACGAGUUUCCUCGCUUUGCUGCUGCAGUGGGCACUUGGUUCUUCUAUGGAUUCUAUGGAGAGAGUGACAUGUUCAUCUGCACAGAUUUCGAGAGUGAGCUAAUCGGUGGAUUGAGGGUCCAGCUUGGCGGUGAGACCCAGUUCUAUGGAAUGCCGGUGACAGCCAUUGUGGACGUGUGCAAUGCAACCAAGAUGAAGGCUGCUGACAUCAAGGGCUUCCUUGCAGAGAUGACUCCGGAUCGUUUGGCUACCAUUGCGGAGAGGGCGCUCCCCUUCGUGCAUGGAAGCCUUCAGCCCAACUCGGCAUUGGUGGUGCCGCCAGGGUGGGUCAUGAGCUAUGCGACGGUUGGUGAUGGAGAAAGCUCUUAUGUGUAUGGGUUGCGCAAAGGGUUCUUGUUGCGCAAAGGCUUGGAAGAGAGCAAAAAGCAGUUCCAGAUGUUGCUGGCGAAAGAGAUCGGUGGAACUGCAAAUACAUCCUGGUUGCAGUUCUUGCAGACGCUUGCCGAUGUUGAGCUCAAGGGCAAGCCUGACUCCGGUGAAAAGCGGAUUGCCCCACCAGCUGAUCCCACUCCUCCUGAGAGUGAGCCUGCCAACAAGAAGCCACGGGUACUGGAGUAG